UCAGAAGGCGGAAGGAUAUUGCCAAAUGACGUACGCCUUCCAUAUAUAAGACAGGCACCGUCAUCGCUGCGGUAGUUUUUUUCGGCGGAUGCUGAGGUCCUUACUCGUAAAGAAAGUGAAAGAGUGAUUGACGCAGCGCUUUACAGGUGCAGUCAUGCAGAUCUUUGUGAAGACCCUCACCGGCAAGACCAUCACCCUGGAAGUGGAGCCCAGUGACACCAUUGAGAAUGUAAAGGCCAAAAUCCAGGACAAAGAAGGCAUUCCACCUGAUCAGCAGAGGCUGAUCUUUGCUGGCAAGCAGCUGGAAGAUGGUCGCACCCUCUCUGACUACAACAUACAGAAGGAGUCCACCCUCCACCUUGUGCUCCGUCUGAGAGGUGGUAUGCAGAUCUUUGUCAAGACCCUCACCGGCAAAACCAUCACCCUGGAGGUGGAGCCCAGUGACACCAUUGAGAAUGUAAAGGCCAAAAUCCAGGACAAAGAAGGCAUUCCACCUGAUCAGCAGAGGCUGAUCUUUGCUGGCAAGCAGCUGGAAGAUGGUCGCACCCUCUCUGACUACAACAUACAGAAGGAGUCCACCCUCCACCUUGUGCUCCGUCUGAGAGGUGGUAUGCAGAUCUUUGUCAAGACCCUCACCGGCAAAACCAUCACCCUGGAGGUGGAGCCCAGUGACACCAUUGAGAAUGUAAAGGCCAAAAUCCAGGACAAGAAGGCACCACCUGAUCAGCAGAGGCUGAUCUUUGCUGGCAAGCAGCUGGAAGAUGGUCGCACCCUCUCCGACUACAACAUACAGAAGGAGUCCACCCUCCACCUUGUGCUCCGUCUGAGAGGUGGUAUGCAGAUCUUUGUCAAGACCCUCACUGGCAAAACCAUCACCCUGGAAGUGGAGCCCAGUGACACCAUUGAGAAUGUCAAGGCCAAAAUCCAGGACAAAGAAGGCAUUCCACCUGAUCAGCAGAGGCUGAUCUUUGCUGGCAAGCAGCUGGAAGAUGGUCGCACCCUCUCCGACUACAACAUCCAGAAGGAGUCCACCCUUCACCUUGUGCUCCGUCUGAGAGGUGGUAUGCAGAUCUUUGUGAAAACCCUGACUGGCAAGACCAUCACCCUGGAGGUCGAGCCCAGUGACACCAUUGAGAAUGUCAAGGCCAAAAUCCAGGACAAAGAAGGCAUUCCACCUGAUCAGCAGAGGCUGAUCUUUGCUGGCAAACAGCUGGAAGAUGGUCGCACCCUCUCCGACUACAACAUCCAGAAAGAGUCCACCCUCCAUCUUGUGCUCCGUCUGAGAGGUGGUAUGCAGAUCUUUGUCAAGACCCUCACCGGCAAAACCAUCACCCUGGAGGUCGAGCCCAGUGACACCAUUGAGAAUGUCAAGGCCAAAAUCCAGGACAAAGAAGGCAUUCCACCUGAUCAGCAGAGGCUGAUCUUUGCUGGCAAACAGCUGGAAGAUGGUCGCACCCUCUCCGACUACAACAUACAGAAGGAGUCCACCCUCCACCUUGUGCUCCGUCUGAGAGGUGGCCAGUAAAAAAUAGUAUGAAUAAUAAAUCCCUCAAACAAAAUGACCUUUAAAGUGAUGUGCAUGCAGUGUAAUGAUUCCAAAGUUGUCAUGUUACAGAAAUAAAGUCUUUGAACAUCAA